UUUCUGUUUAGAACGUACAGCUGUAAUAAACCUUAAGUUAAGGCAUAAAACAAACGUUUAAAAUAUUACUUUGCCUGCAAAUCAGUUAUGGAAAGCCCGGAAACAUCGAAUCGGGCUGAAACGGAUGAGCCUACAGUGACCUCAGCAGUUCAAUCGACCGAUCUGGAACAGGAAACUGGCACCGAGAUGUUGGAGAAGUUGAAAGGUGACAGGAUCGGUGAAACGAUGUACAGCGAGCGGUUUGUGCUGACGACGAUCCUGAAACUUCCGCAACUGGAGGGUAGCUUGGCGGAGGAUGAGGACUUUGAGAAGGACCUGUGCAGUUUGUGGGAUAUGACAAUCGAGCAGGAUGUGGUGCUGUUCCUGCUGAAGCACGACGUGAUUGAGCUAUUUGUGAGCAUGGCGGAGGCUUCCCAGCAGGACAACCGAUUGGUGGAGAUUCUGUUCGGGAUUAUUGGCAACAUGUGCUGCGUUGAAGAGACGCACAAGUUUCUGUACGAAAACAAGUCGCUGCUGUUGAGUUUGUGCGGGUUUCUGGAAUCGAGCGACACGUUGAUUCUGGUACAGUUGAUGAGGAUUUUUACGACCAUUCUGGAUCGAUCGGAUGACGAGCAGUACUGUUGGUUUAAGGUGAUUCGCGAGGUCGAAGACAUGACCGAGAAGUUGGCAUUCAUACUGGGCAGUACGACGAACAGAGAGUUAAUUGAGCAUACACUGGAGGCGGUUCAUGCGAUGGUGAAUCGUUUCACGGAGGCGGAGGUCGAUUACGCCCAGUUGAACGAUUUCUACAGAAUGUUCGCCAAAACUUGUCUGAUUGAAGGUUUGAUGGAAGGAUUCAAACAGAUCUACCCGGAAAGGCCGGCUGACAAUCAGUUUGAGGAGGAGUUUCUGACAAACAAAGAUCUGAAGACGAUGCAGAAGUUUUUGGAAAUUCACGAGAACUUCAUAAUCAAUGCCAACGAGUUGUACGAGAACCAAAUCGACAGAAUCGUGUACUGCGUGUAUCGGGUACUGGUUCCGCUGAGUACCGAGGGUAGUCUUUUACCACUUUCCAAGACACACGUCAGGAUAUUCGUUUGCAUCAACAGUAUCUACAGUGCGAUUGUGUAUCACUUCCACUCCGGAACGUUCCUGACUAUGGUGAACGCCUAUACCGUUUUGUCCAAGGAGCAAGAGAGCGUUCAGAACUCAGUACAGCAGGUAGAGCAACCGAUGGACGAGGAGAAUGACGAAAAUGACUGCGAGUUUGAUAUACAGACGGCGCUAGGGGAGAUUCUGGAGACGUUGUAUUUCAUGGCGGAACCGAUUGACAGUGCAACGAUUGUCAAUACUUUGAAGGCCAGUUCACUCGAUGAGGAAACCAUUCAAAGGCUUUGUGUAGCGCUAAAGGAAACCAUGGCCGGAGAUCCACUGCUCAGAAGAACCUGUGAUUUGCUGCUGGAAAGUGCAAGGACUGCGUGGGGUCAAGAAGAAAAGGGUAGAUCGUAAGGAAUGUUUUGGCGUUUUUAUUUCAAAAUUAUCAA